AUGGAAAUACCAAAACCCAAAGUGACCAUUAAACCUGAUCAGCAUGUAUUCAGAGGAGAGACAGUCACUCUCAGAUGUGACAUUGAUGGUGAAGGAGUCACUAGCUGGCAGUACAGCUGGUAUAAAAAUGGUUCAGCUAAUGCUUUCAGUGAACUACAGGAACACACAUUCAGUCCUGUUACUGAGUCAGAUGCAGGUAAAUACUCCUGUUAUGGAGCAGAGAGAGAAGGAUCAUGCAUAUCAAACAUUAGUGAUGCAGUUACACUGAUAGUAUCAGAUACAGCUGCAGCAGUUUUAAGUGUUUCUCCACAGAAGUGGUUGACUGAAGGAGAUCCAGUGACUCUGAUCUGUGAGGUUUACGGCUCCUCUACAGGCUGGACAUUCAACUGGUACACUGUAACUCUUUCAUCAGGUAGAAACAGCAGUGAUCAAUAUGCUCUGCUCUCAGACAGCAGCAGAGGAGCUGGAGGAAACUACAUUGUUAGUUCUGCAGCUCUAAAACACACAGGAGUUUAUGUGUGUACAGCAGAGAGAGGACAACCAGCCUAUAAGACAGCCUUCAGCAGCAAACAACAACUAUGGGUCACUGGUGUUUCUCCUCCAGUCUCUCUGAUCAUCAGUCCCAACAGAACUCAACACUUCAACCUGGUCUCUGUCUCUCUGAGUUGUGAGGACCAGAGUAACUCUGAUAGAUGGAGAGUGAGAAGUUACACAGACCAUUGGGGGCUGGAAGAUUGUUCAUCAUCGGUGUGGGGAUCACAAACAGGAUCUACAUGUAAAAUCAGCUCUACCGUCCCAUCAAACACUGGAGUGUACUGGUGUCAGUCUGAAUCUGGAGAGAAUUAUCAUCCUGUUAAUAUCACUGUACACAUUGGUGUGAUUCUGGAGAGUCCUGUUCAUCCUGUGACUGAAGGAGAUACUCUGACUUUGCACUGCUUAUAUCCAUAUACAAGCCCACCAAACCUCAGAGCUGAUUUCUAUAAAGAUGGAUCACUCAUCCAGAAUCAAACUACAGAGAUGAUCAUCUCUAAUGUCUCAAAGUCACAUGAGGGUUUCUACUACUGCAAACACUCAGAGAGAGGAGAGUCACCCAAGAGCUGGAUCUCAGUCAGAGUGUCUCAUUCAGAAUCUCAGAUCUCUGUCCUCCACACACUCAGUUCUGUACUGGCAGUUUGUCCAUAUUUGCUAGUGACAGUCGUGCUGAUUUUCAAAUGCUGCAGAAUGAGAGUUCACUGGCCACUUACUUUCAGGUAUUUCAGGAGAAAUGGGUGA